AUGGAUAGCGGCAGCGAUUCAUCCAAGGAGGGGGCCACGCAGUUCAAGGUGGUGGUGCUGGGCAACGGUGCCGUGGGCAAGACCUCCCUCAUUCGCCACUUCUGCGAUAGCGGCUUCACGAAAAGCUACAAGCAAACCAUCGGAGUGGACUUCUACUCGCGCAAGGUCCAGCUGCCGCACAGCCACUCCCCUGUGACGCUGCAGCUGUGGGACAUUGGUGGGCAGCAAAUCGGUGGCAAAAUGCUGGCAAACUACAUCUAUGGCUGCCACGCAGUAUGCCUCGUAUACGACAUCACCAAUCUGAACUCCUUCAAGGAUCUUAGCGAGUGGAAGGAGUCCGUAGACAAGGUGUUCGCAGAGGCGUCGAGUGUGGCCCAGCCCAAGAUGAUACUGGUGGGAAACAAGGUCGAUCUGCCCAAUCGGCAGGUGACGGACGAACAGCAAGCUGCCUUUAGCAAGAACUUCAGCAUACCGCACUGCACCGUGUCGGCACAGUCUGGAGAGGGGGUGAACUCCAUGUUCACUCGCAUCGCCGCAACACUGGCCGGGGUGGCGAUAAGGCAGCAGGACUUGGACUUGACAGAUCGCGUCGAAGUGAAUGUGGUGAGUCGACCAGAGGGGCGGCAGGUGGCGCCGCGGUCGCUCGCACUGCAGGCGACCAGCGAGUCCAAACACAAACGGAAGAAUGGGGACUGCAGCUUCAUGUGA